UUACGUCAAAGGUCACACGAAAUAUUUUUUUAGAACGAACUCGUUUGAAAGUGUUCAUUCGCAGAUGGCAUGGACCACGAACAAAUUUCAGUAGAAAAUAAGAAAAGUCCUCCUAUCAAAGUUCUUUCCAGCCAACUCCGAGAGGGAAAAGAUAACCGAUUGAAUGGCAAGCUCGAAUUUAAUAUAAAAAGACUAGGACAAUGGAAAAACACUGCACUUGUAGUCUCUGUGGUUUGGAUGCAAGGGACAAUACUGGAAGUUCGGUCGGAUCACAACACGGUGCUUCUUUUGGACGAGACAGGGACAUUCGUUGUCAAUGGCGUCAACAACAUUCCUAAAGGCAACCCAUGCCUAUUUCAGGGUAACUAUGUAAUGGUGAUGGGAAUGAUCCAGGCACUCUCUCCAGAACCUGUCCUGCGCGCGGUAAAGAUGGCAGACCUCUCUGAACGCGCUGCGAUUCACAGAAGAAUGUGGAAGUUGGAGGUGGAAGACCUUCAGCAAACGCUCACGUAGAAAGAAGCCUAAGCAGCAUGUUGCUAUCAAUGCCUGUUUGUUUUCAUUCAUUAUUUUUAGCAAAAUGUAAAUACUGCUACUGGUUUUGAGCGGUUUCAGGCCUGCCUGAUAUUUCAUUGGCAAAGGUAAUGGACCAUAGCAUAGAAGUACGUGCCCAACACCGUUUAUGAUAGAAAGUGCAUUAUAUGCAUAUAUUAUAGCCUAACACGGUCUAUGAUAGGCUAUCAUUAAGCAAUAAAGCACGAGGGGGUGUGGUAUAUGGCCAAUA